AUGAAUGUGGCAAUCGUGCACUACCAUUUCAAUCGCGGUGGAGUUACCCAGGUGGUGACAAAUCACCUGCGAGCGCUCGAGGCCACCCGCGACGAGGAUGAGUCGUUAAAAGUCGCCCUGUUUUACGGAGGACGCCACGAGGGAGCCGCGGAUGAACUUCUCUCUGGCUUCGAAGCCCUCGCUCCCAUCCGCUGUGUGGUUGAAGAGCUGGACUACGAUACGAUUCAGCCUCGCGACCCGGCCAAGCUACUCCGUCGGCUGCGAGACGAACUGGCCGUCAUCGGCUUCAAGCCUGAAGACACGGUGCUCCAUGUUCACAACCACGGGCUUGGCAAGAAUCAGGCUGUGCCGCAUGUGCUAGCGGAGCUGGCCCGCGAGGGGUUCGGGCUGUUGAUGCACGUCCACGACUUUGCCGAAGACUUCCGGCCAGACAAUUACGCCCGCAUUGUGAACGCGGCCGGCAAGGCUGAGGCGGUUCCCGCGUUUCUUUACCCGCAGGCCGCUCGAAUUCAUUAUGCCGUGCUCAACGGUCGCGACCGUGGCGUGCUGGCUUCCGCUGGAAUCGACGCCAGCCACCUGCACGACUUGCCCAACCCGGUCUCGGAGUUCACUGGACUGCCCGACCCUGUUGCGACCAAAGCUCGCUUCGCCUUGAAGUUCAAUUUCGAUCAGAACCGACGCUUGGUGUUGUACCCAGUGCGGGGCAUUCGUCGGAAAAACGUGGGGGAAAUCCUGCUGUGGUCGGCCCUUGCCAGAGGAGAGUCGAUCUUUGCAGUCACGCUUGCCCCCAUCAAUCCAGAAGAACGCGUGAACCACGACGCCUGGCAAGCCCUGGCGACCGAGCUUGAACUCCCGUGCCUCUUCGACGUUGGGCACAGCGGUGGGUUUUCCUUCGCCGAGAAUCUGGCGGCCUGCGAUCAAAUCAUUACGACGAGUGUUGCCGAAGGCUUUGGGAUGGUGUUCCUCGAAGCGUGGCUUGCGGCACGCCCUUUGAUUGGCCGCGACUUGCCAGAGAUCACCGCCGACUUCGUAACUGCCGGGAUUCGUUACGAUCAUCUAAAGCCCCGCGUGCAAGUGCCCGUCGAAUGGGUCGGUCGCGACAAGUUGGCUACCGCGCUGAAUUCGAUGUACCUCAAAGUGCUGGAGGCCUACAACACGUCGCCACCCGAGCGGGCAACGCUCGACAGCGAGAUCGACUCGUUGAUCACUCACGACGCAAUCGAUUUCGCGUCGUGCCCUCAUGAGCUUCAAGCCGAGAUCGUCCGACUGGCGUGCACGCAGUCCAAUCGUGUCGACAUCUUGCUGGAGAUGAAUCCUUGGAUUCAAGAUGCGCUCGCUGCCGACACAGCCUCGGAAGCGGCGACCAUCGAACACAACGCAACUGUGGUGCGAGAGUCGUAUUCACUCACCGAGUGCGGUCAUCGGUUGCGCCGCGUCUAUGCUGACGUACUCGACAGUCCGACCGAUUCAGAUAUUCAUCCGCCAAAAUCAGGCGAUCGCUUGCUGGCUAGUUUCCUGGCCCUCGAUCGGCUUCGCCCCAUUCGCCCCUUGGAGGGGAUUCGCGCCGUGCUGUUCGACAUCUACGGCACGUUGUUGAUCUCUGCGAGUGGAGAUAUCGGGCUGGCAGACGACACGGUGCGUGGGGAUGCAGCCACCGAAGCGCUGAAGGCAAUGGGUCUUAAGCCUGCGGUAGCGGGUGAUUCCGUUGUAGAGCUAUUGCACGAAACAAUCCGCCAAUCGCAUGCCGCCUCCAAAGAGCGGGGGAUCGAAUACCCCGAAGUGGAUAUUCGCGAUGUUUGGAAAACGACCCUGGAAAGCCUUCAGCAAGCCGGCCAGAUCGAAGGCGACAUUGCGGUCGACUUGGAACGGUUAUGCGUGGAGUAUGAAGUCCGCACCAAUCCGGUUUGGCCCAUGCCAGGGGUGCGAGAAUGCCUGGAGACCUGCCGCGAUAUGGAGCUGGUACUGGGUAUCAUCAGCAACGCCCAAUUCUUUACAGCGCCGCUGUUCGACGCUCUUUUGGGUUCGAAUCUCGACGAUCUGGGCUUCGAUGCCGAGCUUCGAUACUAUUCGUACGAGUCUGGUGAGGCCAAACCCGGCACGGUUCUGUACCAAAAGGCUGCACAAAUAUUGAGUUCUCGGGGGAUUACCCCUGGAGAGACUCUAUAUUUGGGUAAUGAUAUGCGGAACGACAUAUUCCCCGCCCAGAAGGUAGGCUUUCGAACGGCACUUUUUGCCGGCGAUGCACGAAGCCUGCGGAGACGUGAAGACGACCCGCGGAUUUCUGCCAUUCAGCCGGAUUUAGAGAUCGUUCAUCUGGCGGAAAGUGCCAAAUGGGCCCAGGUGCUGUGGGAUCAUCAGCACAUCAGCUUCUGGUACGCGGGCAAACUCGACCGCGACCCGGGCACCAGCAUGCUGGUCGAAGAAGCCUACUUCGGCCAUCCCGACAACAUCUGGAUCAACGAGAACGUGUGGGGGAAACUCCGCCGCGAUCCCUCGGUUACCCGGCGAAUUUAUGAGAUUGCCGCUCAUCUAAAGGAAUCGCUGUACAGCUUCGUCGAGCGAUUCGAUAUCGAGUAUUUGAUGAUCGAGAAUGCGCUCAGCAUUCCCAUGCACUUGCCAUUGGGGAUUGCGCUCACGCAUUUUCUGGCCGAAACCAACAUUCCGGCUAUCGCCCAUCAUCACGACUUUUACUGGGAGCGAAGUCGCUUCUCGGUCAGCAAUGUGGGCGACAUCUUGUCGAUGGCCUUCCCGCCUUCGUUGCCCUCGAUUCAGCACGUGACGAUCAACUCAUUCGCUCAGCAAGACUUGUCCUGGCGACGUGGGGCCUCGUCAGUGCUGGUGCCCAACGUGCUCGAUUUCGAGCAGCCCCCUGAAGAACCCGAGGAAGAAGCCUCUCAAUUCCGCGCCGAUUUGGGUCUAAAUCCAGACGAUAUUGUUUUUUUACAGCCGACCCGAGUUGUGCCGCGAAAGGGCAUUGAGCACUCGAUUUCGUUGCUCGCGCAACUUAAUGAUCCUCGAUGCAAACUAUUAGUAAGUCACGAAGCCGGCGACGAAGGGCCCGACUACAUGAUGGCCCUGAAAGACAUGGCCGAGCAGGAAGGUGUCGACAUGCGAUUCAUCGACACCUGGGUCGGCGAUUUCCGUCGUAAGCCGGGAAGUGGCAAUGGGAACGGUGAACAACGCGAAAAGAAAUACACCCUGGGUGACGCAUACGCAUACGCCGACUUCAUCACCUAUCCAAGCUUGUAUGAAGGCUUCGGCAACGCGCUGCUCGAAGCGUUCUACUAUCGCAAGCCUGUGUUGGUGAAUCGUUACUCGAUUUUCAUCAACGAUAUCGAGCCCAAAGACUUCCAAGUCAUCACCAUGGAUGGGUAUCUCACGCGAGAGACGGUUGCCAAAGUUCGGCGAGUUGUCGAUGAUGCAGACUACCGGGAAGAAAUGGUGACCAGGAAUUACGAGUUAGGGAAAGCCUUCUUCAGCUAUUCCGUUCUGCGGCGAAAGCUGCGGGCAUUGAUCACCAACUUCUCUGGCUUGGAUAACUUGUAA